AUGCUGAACCUUCGCUCAUUGCAGGACCACGAGUUAUCAGAAGUGGAUCGACAUUCACCCAGUAGUUCUGACUUGACCGAUGGUAUGCUGUCGCAUGAAGUCGAUGAGGAUCAGAUGGAUCAGUCAGUGAUGGAGGAUACCUUGCUUGAUCAGUCCCUGGACUCAAUUGAGGAUCUCAAACCCGGAUAUCAGUGCAGGUUCUGCCCGACACGCUUCGAUGAACGACAGCAGCUGAAUGUGCACUAUACUACAUGCCAUAGAGACAAACCGCAAUACGAAUGCGAUGUUUGUCAUACUAUCUUUGCCGUGAAAAGAGAAUUAUCAACACAUAUGAGAACACACAGUGGCGAGCAACCGCAUACGUGUACCCAAUGCGGCAAAGAAUUUGGAACACGACAAUUGUUAAAAAAGCAUUGGAUGUGGCAUACUGGCGAACGUUCUCACGUUUGCAAACACUGUAACAAGGCUUUCUUCCAGAAAGGGCACCUAACUCAACAUCUUAUGAUCCACUCUGGAGGUCGACCACAUCAGUGUAAUUUAUGUCAAAAGACUUUCAUAUUCAAGUUCGAUCUAAAUCGACACAUGAAGAUUCACGCCGAGCGUGGUUACUCGUGCAGACAGUGUGGACGAUCAUUCACUCGACAACAAUCGCUAGACGAACACGCACUCAAGUGCAAAGCGAAGAGCUCUGGUGUAGUCACUCCACCGAUGAAAAUCGAGCAGCCAUCACCUGUCUUCCCGCUCAUCUCUCAACCGCUACUCAACUUCAACCAAGAAAACGUAGCUAAGAUGGCUCAAUCACUCAUUGCUCAGCAGCAGCAGAGAGCUCUAGCGCUUCUGCUAGCCCGGCAGCAGACCAGCCAGCUCCCUGUGCAGCCGGCUGCCGCACCGCCGCCGCCACCCACUCCUUCCAUUCUGCCUUCGUUGUUCUGUGCACUAUGUAGCAAAGCAUUUCCGAACCAGCCAGCUUUUGCUGUGCAUAUGUACAUGUGCCAUAUACAGGGAAAUAAUGUGCCGAUGAUUGGCGAAGAGACGAAAAUGCCAGUCCUGGCGCCGGUGAAUCCAAUCAAGACUGAGUCGGAAGACACCCACAUCAAUGUCCUCACCUCAACUGCAACAAACUCGUCUUGUUCUUCAAGCCCCCAGGAAACGACGUCCACAGCUUUCACGGCUACAUCACCGAGCACAACCGAAGAAGUCGGCUCGUCCCCAUUGAAUGAACCGCUUCAUUCGCCACCGAGUGCACAAAAGGAGAUCCAAGCAAAAUGCUGCACUUCGUGCCGUCUCCACGCGGUACGGUCGAGUGAGCUCGAGGCGGCGCUGCUGGCCAAGAGGCACGAGCUAGAGAAAUUCAAGGAGAUGAUGCGAGCGGUGGUCACCACAACCGGUCAACUGCUUAACCAAUGCUCACCGGACAACGUUUUCAUUGCUCACACCAAGAACAUCUUUGCCCAACUGCAGAACAGCAUUUGCUCGUCGGAAUAA